GUAACAAUUCUGUGUCCCUCAGUAACAAUUCUGUGUCCCUCAGUAACAAUUCUGUGUCCCUCAGUAACAAUUCUGUGUCUGUCCCUGAGUAACAAUUCUGUGUCCCUCAGUAACAAUUCUGUGUCCCUCAGUAACAAUUCUGUGUCCCUCAGUAACAAUUCUGUGUCUGUCCCUGAGUAACAAUUCUGUGUCCCUGAGUAACAAUUCUGUGUCCCUGAGUAACAAUUCUGUGUCCCUCAGUAACAAUUCUGUGUCCCUCAAGUAACAAUUCUGUGUCCCUCAGUAACAAUUCUGUGUCCCUCAGUAACGAUUCUGUGGCCCUAAGUAACGAUUCUGUGGCCCUAAGUAACGAUUC